AUGGAGAAUAAGGAGAUCGACGAUGAGAUCACGUCCGAAAAUGUGAAGUUGAAGGAACAGGCCAAUCUUGUCCUGACUGGGGGCCUUCCCACGGAUCAGUAUCGUCACCCAGAAUCUUUGGACACUGCUCAGAUGGUGAUCCACAAGAUCAAGGACCUCAAGUCAGCACUUGGCGAAGACAAAUCAUUCAUCAUGACAGCGCUGAUUUGA